CCCUCGCAAAAAGCCAGAUGCCUGUUGCCGUCGCGGCCACUGGAUGCGAAAUAUUUAUACGCGCUCCGCCCCCACAACCCGACACCCGCCUGCUCUCUCUCUCCCCUCGUCGUCUCGUCUCGUCUCGCGUCGUCUGCGCUCGUCACAGGUCUCGACUGCCGAGUGGGAGGAGAGGGGCGGCGGCCGGUCCGUCAUCCGUUGGUUCGGGAAUGGCGGCGCAGGCGGUGGUGCCGGCGAUGCAGUGCCAGGUCGGAGUGAAGGCGGCGGCGGGCGCCCGGGCGAGGCCGGCGGCGGCGGGAGGCAGGGUGUGGGGCGUCAGGAGUAGGACCGGCCGCGGCGGCGCCUCGCCGGGGUUCAAGGUCAUGGCCGUCAGCACGGGCAGCACCGGGGUGGUGCCACGCCUGGAGCAGCUGCUCAACAUGGACACCACGCCCUACACCGACAAGAUCAUCGCCGAGUACAUCUGGGUCGGAGGAUCUGGAAUCGACAUCAGAAGCAAAUCAAGGACAAUUUCAAAACCGGUGGAGGAUCCCUCAGAACUACCGAAAUGGAACUAUGAUGGGUCAAGCACAGGGCAAGCCCCCGGAGAAGACAGUGAAGUCAUUCUAUACCCCCAGGCUAUCUUCAAGGACCCAUUCCGAGGUGGCAACAACAUUUUGGUUAUCUGUGAUACCUACACGCCACAGGGUGAACCCCUUCCUACUAACAAACGGCACAGGGCUGCGCAAAUUUUUAGUGACCCAAAGGUCGUUGAACAAGUGCCAUGGUUUGGCAUAGAGCAAGAGUACACUUUGCUCCAGAAAGAUGUGAAUUGGCCUCUUGGUUGGCCUGUUGGAGGCUACCCUGGUCCCCAGGGUCCCUACUACUGUGCUGUAGGAGCAGACAAAUCAUUUGGCCGUGACAUAUCAGAUGCUCACUACAAGGCUUGCCUUUAUGCUGGAAUUAACAUUAGUGGAACAAACGGGGAGGUCAUGCCUGGUCAGUGGGAGUACCAAGUUGGACCUAGUGUUGGCAUUGAAGCAGGAGAUCACAUAUGGAUUUCAAGAUACAUUCUCGAGAGAAUCACAGAGCAAGCUGGGGUUGUCCUUACCCUUGAUCCAAAACCAAUUCAGGGUGACUGGAAUGGAGCUGGCUGCCACACAAAUUACAGCACAAAGACCAUGCGUGAAGAUGGAGGAUUUGAAGAUAUCAAGAGAGCAAUCCUGAAUCUUUCUCUGCGCCAUGAUUUGCAUAUUAGUGCAUACGGAGAAGGAAAUGAAAGAAGAUUGACAGGGAAGCAUGAGACCGCUAGCAUCGAGACCUUCUCAUGGGGUGUGGCAAACCGUGGCUGCUCUGUUCGUGUGGGGCGAGAUACCGAGGCAAAAGGGAAAGGUUACCUAGAAGACCGUCGCCCGGCAUCAAACAUGGACCCAUACAUUGUGACGGGGCUACUGGCUGAAACAACAAUUCUCUGGCAACCAACCCUUGAAGCGGAGGUUCUUGCCGCCAAGAAGCUGGCGCUGAAGGUAUGAAGCAGUUGAAGGAUGUUUCAGGCACGAAUAAACAGGCCCACAACAAAAUUGAUUCUGCUGUUCACUGGCCUUGGUCCCGCGACUCUGCUCGGCGCCACUCUGUACAAAAUUAAUUACCAUUUCUGGACCACAUUGUCUUUGAUUCAUCGGUUACGGUUGUUACAUUUUGCUUGGACACCAUCACACCAUGUUUGGACUUGGCCUGUACUUUUUGUAGCAAUUUUUGUGGCAAGUGAAGUUCGAAUUGGGCUUCACUCUCGGUCAGGGCCAGGAGCCCAGGAUGCAACAUUGCAACCGGAAAAAAAGUUCAAUUUAUCU